AGGACUGGAACCUGGCAGAACAUUUCCCUGCUGCAUCACUCCCAGGCACCGUAUAAACAGAGACGCGACAGCAAGAAGGUUGUCUGAGCAGAUGCCAACAUCCCCCUCCCCUUCCUAGCCCCCAACAGAUGCACCCAGCCCACUUAACCUACCGCAGCUACUCCCCCUAAGGAUGAGGCUUCACUGCGUGGUUUGCCUGUUUAUUUCCUGCCUGUUUAUUACAGCAGUCGCUCUUUCUGAGCCUAGGACAUUUUUAUCUCAGCACCAUGCCUCAGCGUUUCUGGUCAGAAAACGUCGAGCAAAUUCCUUUAUGGAAGAAAGUAAGAAGGGGAAUAUGGAACGUGAAUGUAUUGAAGAAUAUUGCAAUAAAGAAGAAGCCAGGGAAAUAUUUGAAAAUGACCCCGAAACGGAAUAUUUCUUCCCCCUAUAUUUACGCUGCCUGGUUUCACACCGAAGAGCAGAUCCGAGGGAGAGAACUCAGAAUUCAGAUUCUCCAGCUGACCUGCGGUCCUGUGUAAAAGUAAUAUCCAACCAGUGUAUUCCUCUCCCAUGCAAUGAAGAUGGUUAUACAGAAUGCAGAGAUGGACAAGCCAUGUUCACAUGUAUCUGUAAACCUGGAUGGCAAGGACCGACAUGUGGAGAAGAUAUAAAUGAAUGUGAAGAUCCGACAAAUAGAAAUGGAGGAUGUAAUCAAAAUUGUGUUAAUUUUCCUGGAAGUUACCGCUGUACCUGUGAAGAUGGUUAUUACAUACAGCCAGAUAAAUUGGUCUGUGAAGACCGGAAUGAAUGCAUGUUAAACCAGAACAUUUGUGGGACAGCACAAUGCAGGAAUACCCCUGGAAAGUACGAGUGUGAAUGUGCAGCAGGCUACAUCUACAACUCAACUGCAAUGAAAUGUGAAGAUGUGGAUGAAUGUGCUGAAAACACUUGUUCUCAAAUGUGCAUCAAUUCUCCGGGAAGUUACUCCUGCUAUUGUGAUGGCACAAAAGGCUUCAAGCUUUCCAGGGACAUGAGAACUUGUGAGAUGGUACCAAAUUGUCUUGCUCUAUAUCUUGAAACGAAUUAUGAAUUGCUUUACCUGGGAGAGCAAUUUGUAGGGCUUCCUGUUUUGUAUUUAAGGUUUAGAUUGCCAGAGGUUACAAGAUUUUCUGCAGACUUCGACUUCCGGACUUUCGAUAAUGAGGGUGUUAUAUUGUAUGCUGAAUCCCCUGACAACACAGCAUGGUUUUUGCUUGCACUGCGUGAUGGAAAGAUUGAAAUUCAGUUCAAGAAUGAACUUGGAACCAAAGUAACAAGCGGUGGCAAAGCCAUUAAUGAUGGCUUAUGGCGCAUGAUCGCCGUAGAAGAACUAGAGCACAGCAUCAGUGUAAAAAUUGAAAAAGAAGCAGUGAUGAAUAUUAACAGCCCAAGAAAUCUUUUUAAACCAUCCAAUGGCUUUCUGGAAACAAAGGUGUUUAUUGCAGGGCUACCUCGCAAAGUGGACAGCAUUCUCAUUAAACCGAUCAACCCCCGUCUGGAUGGGUGUAUUCGUGCUUGGAACUUGUUGAAUCAGGGAAAUUCUGGUGUAAAAGACAUCAUUCAGCAGAAACAAAGCAAACAUUGCUUAAUACGUGUUGGAAAGGGAUCUUACUAUCCUGGCACUGGAGUGGCAAAGUUUCAUAUUAACUACAACAGCAACCUAACUAAUACAGAAGAUUGGUUAAUAAAUGUGACCAUGUCCAUCCGUCCAUCCACAGGCACUGGUGUAAUGCUUGCCUUGGUUUCUGGUGGAACAGUGCCUCUUGCUUUAUCUAUAGUCAACUCAACCGAUGUUCCGGAAAUCAUUGUAUCUAUUGAGAAUGUCAUUGUUGCCCGCUUGGAGUCAGAGGACUUGUGUACCUCAAGAAGAGUGCAGCUGGGUCUCAGAGUAACUAAACAGUUGCUUGAACUUACAUCUGAAUCACAUUCCGAGGUUACCUACAUCGGUCAGCUCUCCGUCCUUGACCAAGCACUGAAAGCACUGAAUGGAACUAUUGAUACCUACUUGGGUGGCGUUCCUGAUGUUCCAGUUGAGGCAACUCCAGUAACAGUUUUUUACAAUGGCUGCAUGGAGGUGGAAAUCAAUGAUAAGCAGCUGGAUCUGGAUGAAGCCAUCUUCAAAAAGAAUGACAUUAGAUCACAUUCAUGCCCGUUGCUUAUUAAGGAAAUGCCAAGUCCUCAAGCCACUGUUCUCCCUUCUGUUCAUUAAUCUCUCAUAGGAAAAUCCAGAUUGCUUUGCACAAAAUGGGUAAGGACAGGAAUUGAACUAUAAAGGUUCACUUUUCUAAUGAUCUGUUUUGAGAACAAAUAAAUUUCAUCCUUUUCCAAUAUAAAGGGACCAUACCAAGAUUAAUAUUCUGUCAAAAUAGUGUCAUUUAUAGCAUUUGAAGACUUUUAGUUGAAUAGUUUACUUGUCAACAUUUAUACAGUUCACAUUUUAUAUUUUACUUACUUUGGAGAAUAAAACCAGAAAACAUAUGUCUGCAUUCAAGUUUACGUCUUGAUUCUAAUGUACUGUGGCAACAGCAACAACAAAAAUACUAUUGAAUAGACUAAAUCAAGAUAUUUCAUUUUUAAUAGACUAAAUCAAGAUAUUUCAUUUUUCUAAAGAACAAUAUUAUACCAAGAUCCUAUGAAAAUGGUCUUAAAGCUCUACACAGGUGGAAGAUAACAACUGUUAUGUGAACAGUCUUUGACACAAAAAUCUUGCAACAGUGUUUCAAGAGAUAAUGGUCACAUCUAGAUAAUGGUGUCACAAGCAUUUAGGAACAAAGCACCAAUAAGAUAAACCUAACAAACUGUAUAUUUUUUUAAAGAAUUCUGUUAAAUAUGAAUAGUCACUUUCACAUAGCAAAACUAUCAGUAGCAGCAACCACACUACAAUUUCUAGUCUCAAAUACAUACCGUAAUAUAGUAAAUUAGUAUUCUAUUUAUAUAACCUGCUGUGCUGAGAAGAUCACCUUCCAUUGAAUAUUUCAACAUGUCAUACCUACAGUAGAAAAUGAUGAAAGGGAUGUAUGUGACUUGUUGGGCUGUUUAAAAGUCUACAUACUUAUUUGUUGUGUGUUCCCCAUGGGGGGUCCCAGCAUUGUACUUCAGUUCUAGGAACAAUUAUAUGCAUAUGAAUUAGUGUGGUAUCAUGUACAAUUGGAUACCAGCAUUAUGGACAUACCAUUUGUAUUUUGUCACAGCAUAACAUACAUUUCUUUUGGUUAAAUGAGUAUGUUCAGCUUAUUUCUAAAGACUUGUAUAUAGCUUGAAAACAACAAUUUCUCAUCAGUGAUAAUGAACCAUGGCUUGAAAAUAGCUCAAAAAAUGCAACAUAAUAUUGCCACUUAAAGAGCUUUGGAUGCUAUUAGGAUUUACAAACAUGCUAAAGAAUUUUGUUGAAUUGAUAAUAGGCACACUUAAGUAGCACCAUUGAAAUCAACCGAAGUUCUAGAUAAAUCAUGAUGUGAAGUUGCUUAUAUGAACAAAUCAAGACAGAGGAAAGUAUAUGUAUCUUGACACACAAGGAGCUUAUAUGAAAACAUGGCUAGGAUCUCAGUUUUAAUGACCUGCCCAACCCUUAUUUUGACACUUGAUGCUAACAACAAGUCUCGACUUCAGCCAAGAGAAAUGACUUCCAAGUGAGUGUGCUGAAGAUCAUAUUCUUAAACCGAAGGUAAACCUCAAAUCAGCUAACAUCCUGAUCCUAAAACACAUGCAACUACGUCCAAGUGGGUAUUAAUGGAACUUAGUUUUGCAUGAUGGAUAUUGCAAUUCUGAAGAGCCAAGUAAGGUUCCUUUACCUUAAUGAAGUAAGAACAUGAAUAAGGUAGUAAGCUUGUGUAAGAAAUAUAAAAGACACACAGUUAUGCUGCGUACUUCUUUGUAGGAGCUUGCCACACUAAAACAUUGUUUAAGUGAUUUGGCCGUUUGGCACUGACCUCCCAGGGGAACACAGAACAGACAGAGUUGAUUGGAUAUGCAGAUAGAUUGUAUGCACCUGUUCACACUUACUCGAUUGCUGCCAUAGUUUCCCAGGAUUGGAAUGUAUCUUACGCAGCAUACAAUAAGGAUGCACGUUGUUAAUUUGUGCCAUGAGCAGAGAUUAGAUUUUGUUCUGUUUUAUUUUUAAAGGACUCCUGCAUAAGAAAGCAAAGUAUGACAAGGAUUAUGUAAAUCUAAAAAGAUUAAACAAUACCUACCAAAUGAUCUCGUCCCUUUAAAGCAUCUGUAGUCUUAAUAGCAGUACUUACAAGAAGCAGGAAAGAGUUUAGAAAUAUGCACAAUUAUUUUUCAGAAUAAAAUUACUAUAAAGAGAUAUUUUGUCAAGAAAUUUACCAAAUGAUAUCAAUUGUUCUAUUUCAUGUCCUGUAUGAAUAUUGUAAUGCACUCUGGUUCUAAUGUGAAAUACAAGGUUGGAUUUUUUACAAAGUGUAAAGGCUGCUUUUUUUUAACAAGCAAAAAAUAAUAAAGAAGAAUCUACAGUCCCCUCCCCCCCCCCCGCAA